GAACAUUAGCCAGUACUAUUUUAUAAAAUGAAAGUUGAUAUGUGGAUGUUUACAUUUUAAAUAUAUUUUUCUUUAAAAUUUGUGAAAUAAAUUACGUAAAAUUAAGUAUAUUCGAUAGAAAAAAGCCAUUAUCAUGUCUCGGUCUAUCAGGGCUGAGACUCGAAGCAGAGCCAAAGAUGAUAUUAAGAAAGUAAUGAACGUUAUUGAUAAAGUCAGACAUUGGGAGAAAAAAUGGGUAACAAUAGGCGACACGACCAUGAAAAUAUACAAAUGGGUUCCGGUAACGAGCAGCGAAACCAAAAAAAUUAAACACCGAGAGAAUAAGGAGAAUUUUGCACGGAAAGGUCUAACUGCGCCGGCUUUAGACACCUCAAAUUCGAAUUCCAACUUCAGUUUAGCUGAAGACUCCAAUACUUGUUUUUCAACUGUGAGCGACUCACAGGGUCCGACAGAUUUUUCAUCGACUCACAUGACAUUCUCGGAUGAUUCGAACUCGCAAGGAAGUGAACAAUUAUCAGUCAAACGGCUGAAAACUGACUGAGUAUACUUUAUAUACCUAUUUCUUUUUAACUUUGAGGAUAUCAGAGUCCUUUGACUAUGUAUAUUUAGGGGGAUAUAAGUAUUAUUAAUUUAUACAUCAAUUUUGUGUACAUAUUAUUUGAUGUUUCGUAAGUAUAACUGAAGUAAUGUAUACUUUGGUUAUUAUAUUUGAGAUGUGGAAGGAUUUUGUAUGUAUUAUAUUAAUAUUAGCGCUAUUAGAUAGAAAUAAAACUAAAUCAUUUUAAUAUAAUAAUUUUAAUGACUGAAAUUCCAAUGACCACUAUAUAUAAAUUACAAAUAAAGAAACAAUACAUUACCUA